GCUCGCUGCGUCGUUCAGAACGCUGCUCAAAAAGUUCCUCGUCAACCCGUCCGCCAUGGAGAUGGUCUACAAGGAGGCCAAGGUCGACUCGAAGUCCAGCAGCAUACUCGAGCUGAUGGACGAACUGAAGGACUUGUUCCUCUACCGGAUCAUGACAACACCAGAGGAUCUGGAGGAGCGGGCGCACUGGGUGGACCAGAUGACGAAGCAGGAAAAAAUCAACCGAAACACUAUACAGAAGCUGGAGGAGAAGCUCGCGCUGAUCAACCAGACCUCAGAAUCUUCUCAGGUAGGCAAGUACAAUAACCCGCGUUUGGCCUCUCCCAGGAAGAUGACUGCCCCCUUACGGUAGGAAUAUCGAUCACUUCCGGGAUGAUAAUUGCGAUUAAAAAAAAUAAUAUGCGCAUUAACGUUACCUGGGAAACGAAUGAAGGCGGAAGUUGGGCGAUUGGGGGGGGGGGGGCCGUUUUGGAAAAAANACCCCAGCCUAGGGCUAGGCUCACUGCUCAGUACCCCAGCCUAGGGCUAGGCUCACUGCUCAGUACCCCAGCCUAGGGCUAGGCUCACUGCUCAGUACCCCAGCCUAGGGCUAGGCUCACUGCUCAGUACCCCAGCCUAGGGCUAGGCUCACUGCUCAGUACCCCAGCCUAGGGCUAGGCUCACUGCUCAGUACCCCAGCCUAGGGCUAGGCUCACUGCUCAGUACCCCAGCCUAGGGCUAGGCUCACUGCUCAGUACCCCAGCCUAGGGCUAGGCUCACUGCUCAGUACCCCAGCCUAGGGCUAGGCUCACUGCGCUUCACAGAAAAAUUAGCAAUCACAGAAACGUAUACAUUGAAAAACAACAAUUGGUGAAAAGCUUGACCUCGCCAACCCAAGUACCAUUGACUCCUGUCUAGCCAUGGACAGCGCCCAGCAGCAUCGAGCGUUGUUUAUUAGUCAGAGGGGGUGAGAAUGAGUCAGUAUAGUACAGUUUGAACAGAAGGGUCUUGGGGGGCAGUUUUGAAGGCUAUGAUGGUCGUUAUAUAUUCGGAUGUGUAACGGGAGCAGAAAGAGAAAUACCGUUCACCAUAUGUUUUAGUGCGUGUUCUGGGAGCAGAAAGAAUACGCGCGUCUGCGGGGGAACGAAGCUUUCGAAGGGGUGAAUAGACAGUAAGAAGUUCGGUAAGAUAGGAAGGGCAGGAACCAGAGAAAAAGUUGUGACAGAGAACAGACAGCUUGUAAUCAAGACUUGUCUGUAUAGGGAGCAAAUGAAGUGCAAAAAAAAUAAAUAAAUAAAAACUGAACAAAAAUAUAUUAUUUACAAAUACAUCAUUACAAGCAGAUUUUAAAGCAGUUAUUAUAUUUAGAAAUCAGUUUAAAAAAAAAAACACAUUUAAACAAAAGCUGACCUCUUUUUUUUUACAUGUCAGGAUCACUCAAACUUAAUUGACCAUUUCUCUUCCCUCCCCCCCCCCCACAACCACACACACACAAUCUUCACACCAUUUUAAAGACACACUCAAACUGAGACGUACGUGUGUAUAAGACACACUCAAACUGAGACGUACGUGUGUGUAAGACACACGCAAACUGAGACGUACGUGUGUAUAAGACACACUCAAACUGAGACGUACGUGUGUAUAAGACACACUCAAACUGAGACGUACGUGUGUAUAAGACAGACUAAAAAUGGAGAUGUGCGUAUGUAUAAGACGCUCUUAGUUGGAGACAUUCGCGUGUAGACUAUUUUGAAGUGGAAGACAAUAGCCACUGUCGGGUACAUUCGGUAGGCCGGAAAUUUGUCGCCUUAACCAAAUACAUAUUAUUAUUAUUUUUUUUUUUGAACUCUUCAUUGACAGUACAAUGAAAAGUACGAAGAACUCAAACAGCUGCAGAUGGACUUGCACCAGAUUGAGAAAUUCGCCGACGAGGCCAUCCGGCGAGCGCGCGCAGAGGCCGACAAGCUGGAGGUCGCGUCCACGCGGGACAGCGAGGAUAGAGUCGAGGACAUGGAGG